ACCUCCCGUCUGAUCAUUUUUAUGCGGUUUUAAGAAGCUGUGAGAUGAAAGCCGGGCAGUGGCUCGCACAAAGAAGACACAGGCUAUAUGCUAGUGCUUGAACUAGCAAGUGUAGAGGCAGAGGUACCAAGACAGGUUGAGAUCUCACUCUGAUCACCGUUUAGAUUGGUUGGUAGUUUGCUGGGCGUUAAAUGAGCACGACAAACCUUCAGCCGACAGGAUACAUCUCCUAUACAAGGGCAGAUGUGUGCUACAGUGACCCUAAAUUGUUGUGAUGAGGAGAAAGAGUCCAAUGUUGCAUUAGUCUCAUUGUGACAUGCUGGCCUGUCUGCCGGUAACAAACCCCUCUCUCCAGCUUCUCUCGCACACGCAGAUGAACACUGGACUCCAGAAAUGGGACACUACACAGAGGAUGAGAUCAGCACACUAUCCUACCCCAGCGGAAUUGGAUGCCUAUGCUAAGAAAGUUGCCAAUAACCCACUGACAAUAAAAAUCUUCCCCAAUAGCGUGAAAGUACCUCAGAGGAAGCAUAUUCGCCGCACCGUCAACGGUCUUGACACCUCCAGCCAGCGCUACAGCCCCUACCCACCUCAGGUCAACACCCGGACGGGCCUCUUGGCCAUCGUCAAAGUCCCCGUCAAAGGGAUCCUCAAGGACAUCGAAGGCGGCCGAGCCCGGUUUCUCCCUAAGCUCAUCAUGAACCCGCACAGUGGGCUUUACGCCAAUCCCAGCACUUUAAAUGUUCCUCACACUGUUCCACACCUUCAGACUCCUUUAGGCCAGAAGAGUCUCGCUCAUUCUCAGGCCUUACAGCAAAAGAGCAGUUUACAACCACAGCAGAGCCUGGCCCACCAGGAGGCUUUACAUCAGAGCCAGGCUCACCAACCGCCAGUACCGCACCACGUCCUAAACCACCAACAGACUCUCAUGCAGCAGCAGCCACAAUUGCCUGGUCCGCAAGGACUCCGGCAUCUGCCCGAUAUGGCGCAAUCAGUGAACCUGCAGCACUCCCAGGGCUUCUCUCAAUCCCAGCCCAUGCCACAGGCUUCUUGCGCCGGCCCUCUGGCCCCCGGAGUCUUACAGCCCCCCCUGGCAGGCUUACAGAUGCCACGCAAGCUGCCCGAUGCCGACGCCCCUCCCAAUGUGACUGUGUCUACCUCAACCAUCCCUCUGUCCAUGGCUGCCAGCUUACACCAGAACCGGCCCAGUGACCUGAGCAGCAUCGUCAAUCAGAUCAACCAGUUCUGCCAGGCUCGGGCUGGCAUGGGCUCUACCUCCAUGUGCGAAGGACAGAUUGCCAACCCUAGUCCCAUAAGCCGCAACCAACUCAUCAACGCGAGCUCUCGGGUGUGCACCCAUCCCAGUGUGGGUCCUCCGCCUUCUUGCGUCUUUGGUAACUCUGACAAAGGUGGUCCUGCUCCCACUCUGCCACUGCCCAACAUCGCUGCCAUGAACAGGAUGCCUCUUUACCACAGUGAGAUGAAGCAGCAGCAAUCCCAGCAACAACGACAUCAGGGCCCUUGGGGGCAACACCAGUUAGCACACCUUCAGCACCUUCCGGAGGGAGCGGCUCACCAGGGCAAGAAUCUCCCCAGAGAUGGCCUAGUUGGACCAGGGUUCCUCACUAAGAAUAUGGGCUACCCGCAGGAGGUGUGCAUGGCUCAGCCCUUCAACUUGAAGUCCUCUACUGAUAAACCAACUCCAUCUCCUCCAGUCAAUGGGAUGCCCAUGAGUUACAGUAACAGCCACUACAUGCAGCCACCCUGGAACAACAUCCUGCCCACGCCAAACAGUGACAGCUCAGGGUCUCAAGACCUGGUGGGCCCGUUCCACGGGGGCCUCUCAGGGGCCUCCAUAGACUGCACCCCCGGAGCACAGUAUAGGACCGGGGCAGCCAUUUCCAGCCAGACAAACCUGAUACAGACCAUGGAGUAUAUGGGUGGCGACUUCCAGGCACCCUGCUUCCGAGCACAGAAUCCUGGCACAAUGGCAAAGAUGCAUAGAGCCUCAGUGAGCAGGGCCACAGAUUCAGGUGAAAGUAGAAAUGUGCACAUCCACCACCCAGGGUACAGAUGAGCUGCGGCCAGUUGACACUAGUCA